ACUGAACGCAGAGAGGAACAGUUGGUGUCGGGCUGUUGGAUGUUUCUGACUCACACACACACACAUUUACACACACUUACACACACACCGGUACCAGCAGCAGCAGCAGCAGCGCAGGUUCUGAUCGGGCCGAAGAGCCUGAAGACGACCAGACAUGAUCCCUUAUUCUCCCUGAGGAACUGACCAAUCAGCAGUCAGGAUGAUGCCAAAGCAGCUGCAUCAGACGUCUCCAGGUAGUGUGUUAUCUCUGAGAGCGUCCAGCGUCCCGGGAUCCCCUGCAGCCGCCAUCGUGGCCAGAGUGGAGGAUGGAGUUAUCGGCUAUAAGGACCUGGCAGCACUACCCACAGAUAAAGCCAUCCUGGAUAUAGAGAGACCCGACCUGAUGAUCUACCAGCCGCACUACUGCUACAGUCCUCUGGAGAGGUCUCUGUCUCCUCGCUCCAUCUCUCCUCCUCUCUCCCCAGAGAACCUCUCCAAGGAGGCCAGGGAAUGGCUGGAGAGCCGGUCACCUGGAGGUUCCUCCCCUGGUUCCACCAUCCAGACCAGCAGAACCCACAGCGCACACACACCUCCAACACCCAACACACCCAACGCACUGAACCAGAACCCUGGUACCAAGAUCAGCAUGCAUCACUUCCACAGACCAGAAAAUGGCUCCAACAUCUAUAAGAAGCCUCCCAUCUAUAAACAAGAUGUGUUGUCUCAGCUGCCUCAGGGGAAACACAUCGAGGAUUUGAUCAUCGAGUCGUCAAAGUUCCCGGCAGCUCAGCCUCCGGACCCCAACCUGCCCUCCAAGAUAGAGACAGAGUACUGGCCCUGCCCCCCCUCUCUGGCCGUGAUUGAGAAGGAGUUGAGGAAGAGGACUCAGAAGGAUGAAGAGGAGGAGGACGGAGAGCUGGACGAUGAAAUUUGGGGGCUGAGAGCACUUCAGACACAAGAACUCAACAAGAUUCAGUCUAAUCUGGGAAAAAUCAUCCUGAAGGAAGAGCUGGGAAAGUCUGCAACUCCUCUGAGGAGGAAAACCAGAUCGCUACCGGACCGCAGCCUACACACUGGGUCCAACGCCUCCAGGUCGGUAUAUUUCCCAGCAUCCUCUAAGACGGGCCUGUCCAGGCUGCAGUCAGCAGAGUUCAGCUCGUCUGAGAAAAGUCCUGCAGGUGUUCAGAAUGGAGACUUGAGGAUGGACAGAGGAAACUCUCUGCCCAGCAUGUUGGAUCUGAAGAUCUUCCCAUAUGAGACGAUGGUGGUGACUCACAGAGGACGAAGCAAACUGCCUCCAGGUGUGGACCGGACCAGGCUGGAGAGACACCUCUCCCAGGAGGAGUUCUUCAGUGUUUUCGGGAUGUCCAUCGAGGAGUUCGACAGCCUCUCUCUCUGGAAGAGGAACAACCUGAAGAAGAAGGUGUGUCUCUUCUGACGCUGCUGGGACUACAACUCCCACAAUCCCCUGCUCUUCCCGGAUCACUGCAGGAUCCUGAAACCGCAGAGACUCUGAACCAAAACCGCCAUGAUCAGCAGCGCCACCAUCAGACAGCAGGUCACUGUUAGUCAGACCAUCAGUGGACGUUUGUGGAUAAUGCAGGUUUCAGGUUUCAUGUUUCAUGUUUGGAGUGAUUUUAGAUUUGCGCUGCACACACUAACUCCACCAGAUUUAAAGCAGAGCUGCAAAACAACUGCACAGAAAAUCAGCUUCAGUCUCUAAAUGUCUGCAGAAAAUCAUUAAUGCCUAAACUACUGAGCAAAUAAUCAAUAUUAAAGAUCUUCUAACAAGCAGGGACACAUUUGGAAGAAGACAUUCAAACAAAACUAAUAAUAACCAUUUGUGUUAUUUAUGGCCCAAGUGUGGCUUUCAUCCUUUAAUAUCAGCUUUGUCAUCUGUCCAAAAGACUAACAGGAACUAGUCAGAUAAGUCCUGCUGAAGUUUCCAUCUGCUCCGAAUCUGCCAAAUUAACUCUGGAAACAGAUUUCAGAGUCACAUGAAACAGAUAUUUGGAUUGAAGAAUCUGUCUCUGCAUGUGGAGGUUCAGACUUUGCAGGAACCUGAAAGUUUAUCUUCUCUUGACAUGUGAAGCUCAGUUGUUUGGUUGUAACUGUUGCAUUCUGGGAGAUGAAGUUAAUUCUGACAUCGAUCCGACUCGAAUCUCUCUGGAUUACAGAAGGUGAAACAUUAAACCGACUAGUUUGAGCAUUUAAAGUUAUCCAUACAGUAGAUUAUACAUUACAGAUGAGACCUUCUGUGAGUUUAGAGAAAGAAAUCUAUUUUCAUCACACUGGAUUUAUUCAAACUGAGCGACUGAAGUAAAUAAUUUAUUUUUUAGCUUUCAGCUGCAGUCGGGCAUUAAACCAACAUUCCUGCUUGACUCUGAGUCAGGUUUCAAUACAGAUUCAUAUCUGCUGAUUGAUUAUCAACUUGCUGAUUUUGCAAGAAAAAGUCCUUUUUAGCGACCUUUCAAAAGCACUGUUCCUAUUGGCUUAGCCAGCUAUGAUGUCACAGUGACAGCGUUUCUGUCCCAGCACGGAAAAAGAAAAACAAGGAGACAGUUUGAUCUUUCAGGCUGAUGUUUGAGAAUAAUGCAUGUGAGAGAUUAGAGGCGACCCAAAGAAACAUUCAAUGAUAUUAAUUUAAGAAAACUUGUAGUGGUUAGUUAUUUUUCCCACACUGUCCGUCAUUGGUCAGAAUAAAACUAGACAGGGACCAAACGGAUAGUUGUUGGGCCCCACUAUACAUAGUAGUACUGUAGAGCUGAAAUGAUUCAAUUAGUUGAUUGACAACAACAAUUGAUUGGCAACAAUUUUGAUAACUGAUUUAUCGUUUAACUCAUAUUUUUUUAAGCCAAAAUGCCAAAAAAAAAACUGUGUGGUAGCAGCUUCUCAGAUUUUCAUAUUUUCUAGUUUUCCAGUUUUGAUAGAUGAUAGUAAACUCAACAUCUGAAUAUGUUCGCUUGAGUUUCAGGGAUGAUUAUCAGCAUUUUAUACACUGUAAGAAAAUGAUGGAUAAUGAAGAUAAAAGGUUUCAGCCUUGCAGUACUAUGAUGGAACAACACACAGACAGAUUUACUUUUGGCUCUGCUGAUUGAUGAUCAAACUGUCUCCUCCUUGUUUCUUCUUUGUGUUCAGCAAACGUCACUGCCCUGUUUGAUCUAGAAACUCCUGCACACACAGAGACACUCACCUCUGAGAGAUUUUUUUGCAGUGUAGAAGAACAACCUUAUGAGCGAGAGCAGAGACACAGGCUGUGUUCGAAACCGCAUACUACAUACUUCUAUACUACACACUAAACGUCCAGAUAGUAAGCUGUUUACACUGUAGUAAACUACACGAUAACCCACAAUGCAUUUCCUUCCUACCCGAGCUGAAAUCAGCAGGCUGUAGCUGAUUUAAUUUUAGCUCUAACUCUGUAAAUAUACCACUUUAUCCACAUUUCUAACCUUUUUAGGCGGGAAAGUAAAGUAGCCCUUUAGAUCCACAAUGUGACGCUAAUUUGUCCAAAUAACACCUGUUUAAAGUUUUGUUCCUGCGAAUUCGGAGUUAGCCGUAGCGAGUAACGCACUUCCGGUCAUUUUCACAAAAUAAAACACCCGUUACCUUUUAUUAUUAAGAAAACUAUAACGAUAGAAUUGGUGCUUUUACUUUGAGAACAGGAAGCAAACAUACCCUCGCUGUAGCUAACUUGAAAACACUGAGGUGGUGAUCUGUGACGUUUGUAUAUAUAUUUUUUUUUUCAGAAGUUACAUUGCAUCUUGGGUAAUGUGAGUGUGAGUAGUCAGCUCUUGAUGCAUGCUCUGCAUUUCUGGCGAAUCUAGUAAACCAUCCGGGAACUUCUCGCAUACUCUAAAUCGCAUACUACGCAGUUGAAACCAGGCGGGGAGCUCCGGUCCUCUGAAAUGAUGCCAACGCGGAAGUAACUUAAAACUGCAUUCUAUCAAAAGGCCACCAGGGGGCGACCGUUUUGGUGUCAAAAGGACUUCCGUCUCUAUACAAGUCAA